GUCCUCUCGUGGCGUUCCCGCAGGAGCGCGUGGGGAAUUUCCUGGCGGAUUUCUACAUGGUGAACGGCCUGGUUCUGGAGUCCAGGAAGAGACGCGAGCACCUGAGCGAGGAGGACAUCCUGAGGAACAAGGCCAUCAUGGAGAGCUUCAGCAAAGGAGGAGGGAGUAUCAUCGAGCAGAGCUUCGAGCCGGUGAGGCGUCAGUCGCUGACCGCUCCGUCUCCGAACACGAUCUCCUGGGAGGAGUACAUCACCGCCGAGACGGGAAAGGCUCCUCAUCUGGGCCGAGAGCUGGUGUGCAAAGAGAGCAAGAAGAACUUCAAAGCAACCGUAGCCAUGAGUCAGGACUUCCCUCUGAGCAUCGAGUCGCUGUUAAAUGUCUUGGAGGUCAUCGCACCCUUCAAGCACUUUAAUAAACUCAGAGAAUUUGUUCAGAUGAAGCUUCCGCCUGGAUUUCCUGUCAAACUAGACAUCCCUGUUUUCCCCACCAUCACUGCCACCGUCACCUUUCAGGAGUUCCGCUACGACCAGUUCCACGACUCCAUUUUUACGAUUCCCAACGACUACAAGGAGGAUCCCAGCCGCUUCCCAGACCUCUGAGCCGCUCCCCGUCUCCUCCCAUCUCCCUCCGGUCAAACUUCUGAGUCCCACACAAAGGGAUCGUGCUGAAGCGAGUGUGAAUCCGAAGCGGAGCGCAGCUGCACUACAUGAUGAAGCUCCGGAUGGAGCGGUACGUUAGAAACACGGAGCGUCGCUUCACAUCACCGCUGUAACUGGCAGGAAAUACGGCAUUAUAAAUUAUUACACAAGCCGAGUUUUCAUUAAAAUCUUUGUACAACUGUUACAAACUUGUAUACUUCACUUAAAGGAAACGUGUACAUUUAGGAAAGAAGCGGAAGUCGUCUGUAUAUGAUUUGAAUUGUCACAGAAUACAAUGUCUAUGUCAUUUCUACAAACUUUGUGUAAAUACCACUUCCUUCUCCAGUUCGUUUGCUUGUUGCAUUAUGGGAAAUGGGCUUGUUCACGCUGCCCUUCACUAUAUGUUUGUUCGGAUCAUUUGCUUUGUCACGUCCUAGUGGAGGAUCGGACUGGACCGGAUGUAAAUGUAGCAGAAACGCACGGGACUUUCACUUUACUUUCACCUUGAUAGAUGGAUGUAAAUACAUUCAAAUUUAAAUAUGUUUUCCAAUGUAGUAUAAUCGACUGAUGUAUAAUGAGAUAUUAGUGUAAAAUGUUUCGGAGACGUUCGAGAUAAGUGUUUUAUGUGUGUGUUUGCUGUGUGCCGAGGGAGAAGGAGCUCGCGUCACGUUUGCACCAGCAGUAUCACGUUGGAAAGUUUCCUCUGUUUCAUUCGUUCUUAUCCAAAUGGAAACGUGCUGCGAUGCUUCCAUGACCCACUACUGGCUAGUGUGGAAACUCGCGUGUUUUUAUUUUUAUUAUGUUGCCAGCUUCUUUUUUUCCCCUGUGUUUCAUGUCAUUGUUUUUAGAGUUGCUUUAUGCCUUCAGUAGUUCUUCAGAUUUUCUCCCAAAUGCAUUGAACUCUCGGAUGUACAGCAGGAACCUUGUAUGAACCUGCUGCACUUUUACACGACAAACUGCAAUUAAUAAAAUGUCCAGUCUGUCCAA